AUGUUGCGGCAAGUCUCACGUCUCUUACGUCGAGCCUUUUUGCUGCGGCCACGACCCUUCUGCACAGAGGUCCCAGCCCCCAUUGCACCAACAAACCCAGCCUUGGCAGAGGCAUGGAAGAAAGUGAUGCCCAACAUGGAUCCACCCAGGACUCCAUCAACCUACAUGGAGCCUCGGCCUCCUGUCCCUUCUUCCCUCCCUUCCAAAAUGACAGUCAACUUCGUCCUCCCUUAUUCGUCUGAGCUCUCUGGCAAAGAGGUCGACAUGGUCAUGAUACCAACAACAACAGGACAGAUGGGUGUUUUGCCUGGCCAUGUUGCAACCAUUGCGGAGCUAAAGCCUGGAGUUCUAUCAGUGUACGAUGGGAGUGAUGUGAAAAAGUAUUUUAUCAGCAGUGGCUUUGCUUUUAUUCAUGCAAAUUCUGUUGCCGAUAUAAUCGCCGUGGAAGCUGUGCCAAUUGAGCAAAUUGACGCGAGCUUGGUACAGAAGGGGCUUGCAGAUUUCACUCAGAAACUCAGUUCAGCUACAACCGAGUUGGAGAAAGCCGAAGUGCAAAUAGGCAUCGAUGUUCAUAGUGCUCUUUACUCUGCUAUCACUGGCUAA